AUGCUAUCCCUGGGCGCCCUCCGCAAGCUCUGCGCCGCCUUCGACGCCGUCGCGCUCACCAUCAUCGCCGCCGGCCUCUCCCACCCCCGCUGCCGCCCCUUCUCCGCGCGCGCGGGCGGGCACUCCCCUCCGCCGGACUUCCCCACCAUCGCCUCCUGCCGCGCCGCGGUCGCGGCCUCCAAGCGCCGCCGCCAGGCCUCUUCGCCCCCCGCCGAGGCGCGGCCGGAAGGGCCCGCGGACGCCGAGGCGCCGGUGCUGGUCAGGAUCAAGAGCGAGCGAGACCCGGUGCGGCUGUACGAGCUGUUCAAGGCCAAUGCGGACAACCGCGUGCUGGUCGAGAACCGGUUCGCGUUCGAGGACGCGGUGGCGCGUCUGGCAGGUGCUCGACGGAAUGACCUCGUGGAGGAGAUCCUCGAGCAGCACAAGGCGCUGCCCCAGGGAAGGCGGGAGGGGUUCGUCAUCAGGAUCAUUGGCCUGUACGGGAGGGCCCGGAUGCCGGAGCACGCGCUCCGGACCUUCAGGGAGAUGGAGAUGUACGGGUGCGAGCGCACGGUCAAGUCGCUCAAUGCCACGAUGAAGGUGCUGAUGCAAGCACGGCUCUUUGAUGAGGCCCUGCAGCUGUUGGACGAGGCAUCACCCACGUACGGGGUUGAGCUGGAUGACAUUUCGUAUAACACAGUGGUGAAGAUGGCGUGCGACAUGGGGGAGCUCCAUGCAGCGUACCGGGUAAUGCAGGAGAUGGAGAAGGAAGGAGUGCGGCCCGAUGUCAUCACAUACACAACACUGAUGGCUGCGUUCUAUAAGAAUGGCCACCGUGAGGUUGGGGAUGGCCUGUGGAACCUCAUGAGGUUGAGGGGUUGCAUGCCCACGCUAACCAGUUACAAUGUAAGGAUUCAGUUCCUGAUCAACAGGAGAAGGGGCUGGCAGGCAAAUGAUCUGGUGCGGAAAAUGUAUGCAGCGGGGAUAACACCGGAUGAGAUCACAUAUAACUUGGUUAUUAAGGGAUUUUUUGUGAUAGGUGAGCAUGAGAUGGCGAAGACGGUCUUUGGUGCAAUGCAUGGGAGGGGAUGCAAGCCAAAUGAAAGGAUUUACCAGACAAUGGUGCAUUACCUAUGUAAGCGAAGGGAGUUUAAUUUGGCAUUCAGAUUGUGCAAAGACAGCAUGGAGAAGAACUGGUUUCCAAGUGUCGAUACCAUUCACAAUCUGCUGAAAGGCCUUAUGGUAAUUAAAAAGGACAGGAAUGCCCGAGAGAUAAUGAAGUUGGUUGCUGAGAGAAAACCUUCCUUCUCAGUUGAUGACGUGAAGGCCUUCCAAGACAUAUUGUCUCAUGGGAAGACUGGAAGAUAA